AUGUGUGUCCAUCUCGUCUUCCAUAUUUCUUUCACUGUCACCCGUCUUGUCUUUAAUAUUUCCUUUACGAUGUGUGUCCAUCUUGUCUUCAAUAUUCCCUUCAAUGUGUGUCCAUCUCGUCUUCAUAUUUCUUUCCUGUCUACCGUCUUGUCUUCAAUAUUUUUCCUUCGAUAUGUCCCAUCUUGUCUUCAAUAUUCCCCUUCAAUGUGUGUCCAUCUCGUCUUCCAUAUUUCUUUCCUGUCUACCGUCUUGUCUUCAAUAUUUCCUUCGAUGUGUCCUCUUGUCUUCAAUAUUCCCUUCAAUGUGUGUCCAUCUCGUCUUCCAUAUUUCUUUCACUGUCUACCCGUCUUGUCUUCCAAUAUUUCCUUCGUAUUAUUGUCCCAUCUUGUCUUCAAUAUUCCCUUCAAUGUGUCCAUCUCGUCUUCCAUAUUUCUUUCACUGUCUACCGUCUUGUCUUCCAAUGGCUUCCUUCGAUGUGUGUCAUCUUGUCUUGUCUUCCCUUCAAUGUGUGUCCAUCUCGUCUUCCAUAUUUCUUUCACGCACUGUCUACCCGUCUUCCCUUCUUCAAUAUUUCCUUCGAUGUGUGUGUCCAUCUUGUCUUCAAUAUUCCCUUCAAUGUCCAUCUCGUCUAUUUCUUUCACUGUCUACCGUCUUGUCUUCAAUAUUUCCUUGUGUGUCCAUCUUGUCUUCAAUAUUCCCUUCAAUGUGUGUCCAUCUCGUCUUCAUAUUUCUUUCACUGUCUACCCGUCUUGUCUUCAAUAUUUCCUUCGAUGUGUGUCCAUCUUGUCUUCAAUAUUCCCUUCAAUGUGUCCAUCUCGUCUUCCAUAUUUCUUUCACUGUCUGCAUCUUGUCUUUAAUGUUCCUUCGAUGUGUGUCCAUCUUGUCUUCAAUAUUCCUUCAAUGUGUGUCAUCUCGUCUUCCAUAUUUGCUCACUGUCUACCCGUCUUGUCUUUAAUGUUUCCCUUCGAUGUGUCCAUCUUGUCUUCAAUAUUCCCUUCAAUGUGUGUCAUCUCGUCUUCCCAUAUUUCUUUCUGUCUACCCGUCUUUAUCUUCAAUAUUUCCUUCGAUGUGUGUCCAUCUUGUCUUCACAUUCCCUUCAAUGUGUGUCCAUCUCGUCUUCCAUAUUUCUUUCACUGUCUACCCGUCUUGUCUUCAUUAUUUCUCUGGAUGUGUGUCCAUCUUGUCUUCAAUAUUCCUUCAAUGUGUCCAUCUUGUCUUCCCAUAUUUCUUUCACUGUCUACCCGUCUUGUCUUCAAUAUUUCCUUCGAUGUGUCCAUCUUGUCUUCAAUAUUCCCUUCAAUGUGUGUCCAUCUCGUCUUCCAUAUUUCUUUCACUGUCUACCCGUCUUGUCUUCAAUAUUUCCUUCUUCGAUGUGUGUCCAUCUUGUCUUCAAUAUUCCUUCAAUGGCAUGUCAUCUCGUCUUCCAUAUUUCUUUCACUGUCUACCCGUCUUGUCUUCAAUAUUUUCCUUCGAUGUGUGUCCAUCUUGACUUCAAUAUUCCCUUCAAUGUGUGUCCAUCUCGUCUUCCAUAUUUCUUUCACUGUCUACCCGUCUUGUCUUCAAUAUUUCCUUCUGAUGUGUGUCCAUCUUGUCUUCAAUAUUCCCUUCAAUGUGUGUCCAUCUCGUCUUCCAUAUUUCUUUCACUGUCUACCCGUCUUGUCUUCAAUAUUUCCUUCGAUGUGUCCAUCUUGA